CUACGUUUUUGUCAGUUGUGGUUGACAUGGUAGAAUUGUAAAUAACUGUAAAGGGGUCGUUUCCAAUAGCCCGAAUUUAAUCUGCAGUUUGGCGCCUCUAUCGUUUCCCGCGCCAAUUCGGCAACUCGUCCAAUUUGGCAGUCUGUUCAAUUCCCGUCUAAUUAAACCCUAAUUACGCGCACUCUCUCCACUUCGUGUCUCUCCCUGUAAUCACAUUGCAUAUACCAUACAGAAAUUCGAAGAAGAUGUUCUACUCGCAGACAUUUCUGGCUCGAAAAGGUCCAUUAGGGACUGUGUGGUGCGCAGCUCAUCUACAGCACCGCCUCAAGAAGUCUCAUUACACCUCCACCGAUAUCUCCUCCACCGUCGAUCGUAUCAUGUUCCCAGAAGUUCCCAUUGCGCUGAGAAUGUCAGGCCACCUUUUGCUAGGUGUUGUUCGGAUAUAUUCAAAGAAAGUUGAUUAUCUUUACCAUGAUUGCAAUGUGUUUCUUAUUGGAUUAAGAAAAGCUUUUGCUUCCAUAGAAGUUAAUUUGCCAGAGAAUGCCACAACAGCAAAAUUUGAAUCUGUUACUUUGCCCCAAACAUUUGACCUUGAUGCGUUGAAUGUGGAGUUUGAUACAUAUCCUGAUGGGUCCCCAGAUGAUCAUACGAAGAGUCAGGAAGAAAUAACUCUUCAAGAUCAAAUUCCUACUGACAGAGAUCCUUAUGUUGUUAUAUCUUUUGAUGAGGAUAUCAUGAUGGAUGCAUUACCAUCAAAACAUGAACAUGAUACUGAUGCUGGGAUCAGGUCAAUGGAGGAGGACAUCCUUGCUCCAUUAGAAGUUGUUACAGAUAUGGGUGCUCCACUUGCCAGUCCUAUUAACCAGAUGGAAGUCCCUACAGGAAUUGUUGAUCUUCCAAGUACUCAGACGACAGUGCCUAUGGACACUGCUGAGAUUCAAGAUUUGGGUCCUAACAACCAGACAGAACUGCAAACUGGUAGUCCAGAUUUUCGAGAUCCUGGCCCCAGCAAUCAGACUGAGGUUAUUAAUUCAAUGCUUAAUGAUGACAAUUCCCCACCAGAAAUUGAAAUCAUGCGUGAUCCUGUCCAGGGUUUUAGUCCAGAAAAACUUCCUUCAGGUUUUCCAGAUCACCAAAAUGAUGCCUUUCAACCUACCACAUCUUUUGACCAAGGUUUGAAUGAGAAGGAAAUACCUUCUCCAUUUAAGGAAGAUGCGUUGCCUUCUGGAGGGCAGCCUUCACCAUUUCAGCGGCAUUCGGAGGCACCCGAAAAGUUUAUUACAGAUAUUUCGUUUGGGAAUACAUCACCUGAACUUGCCAUACGUUCAACCCCACCUGUUCAACAGCCAAGACCGAGGCAGAGAAAGAGAAAGCAUUUCUUUGAUGAGUCCACAGUGUUAACUAAUAAGUUUAUGAAGAAGGCAUUAGAAAAUUCUGGUGAUAUAUUAAGGAGGAGGAGGGAAAUCCCUUCCACUGCUUUGGGCAUAUGGAAGUUAAACAACAAGUUAAGAAGGGAACAAGUUUUGUACGAGCCUUCAUUAACUGGAUAUUCUGCCAACAUAUGCAAUCUUUUUAAGAGGGACUAUAUAAUUACAAAAUCUCAUUUAACUCUUGAAAGGGAAGCUACUCCAGAGCCUAGGGUUGUGACAUCUCCUGCUCCUUCAACUGAAGCAAUUGCAGAAGCUAGGGAUGCAAAUUCACCUGCCCCUGCAACGGAAGUGGUAAUUGAGGCUAGGGAUAGAGCUUCUCCUCCUCCAAUAACUGAAGAAAUUCCAGAGCCUACAAGUGCACAAUCUCCUGUAUCAGAAGCUGAACCUGAUCCAGAAAUUGAACGUCUUCGGCAUCAUGAAGGCCAAGAUGGCAAUCGUCUGUUGCCUGAUUCUCCAGCCAGAUUUAUGCCUUCUCCAGGAAGAUUUGUAUCUUCUCCUUUUAGAAGAGAUGAUUUUACUCCCAACACAGAAAAAAAUUUAGGAUCAGGGUCAGUACCUUGGGCUCAAACUAGUAUUGAAACUGAAGUGAUGCCUACACCAGGUAUUUCAGCAUCUCCUGGCACUUGCACUACUGAGCCAGAAACGCCAAGGACAUUUUUGGAGGAUCAGUUUGAUCCAGGGCACACUGGUCGUUCAGAUAUUCCUGAAUCUAUUGCAGAAACAGAGGACCUUCAUUUUCUGGAAGCAGACAACACCCCAGCUGGAUCCCAAGGCACGCAAAGCAUUGAUUCACUGUCUGUGAGAUCAAGGGCUGUGGCUCAAUAUUUAAAAAGACAUUCUCUCAGUACCCCAUUAUCAGAAGACCAGUCUAGAGAUCUGAGUCUCAACAAGAUCUUAGAGGGAAAAACAAGAAAGUUAUGUGCUCGGAUGUUCUUUGAAACAUUGGUUUUGAAGAGUUGUGGACUGAUUGAUGUAGAGCAAGAGCAACCUUAUGGUGAUAUUAUUUUAAAGUUGACUUCUACUCUCACAAAGGCCCAAAUAUAAUUAUCUUAUAAGUCUAUUCAAUGAAUACGCUGGCCUUUCUAUUUAUAGGUUAGGUUAUGCAGAGCAGUUUGAGGAUCCGGACCUGGGCACAGAAGGUGUGUUAUGCCUUGCAGAUCGUUGCCAAGUAAAAAGAUUCAAAAAGAAAGCUGAGAAGCCACCCAAUGUACAGCAACAACAACUUGAAUAUGGAACUUUUGUGAGCAUCAGCCUCUAUUAUAGUAAUGGUAUGAGCAUGUAAACCAUGAGGUGGCUUUAACUUAUUGUAAUUAGAAAGUCAGUGAUUGCCCUCACUUUUUGUAAUUUCUUGUCAUAGUUUGAUUCAACUACCAGAGGCACCUUGUAAAAUUUUCUGAUCCUCAUUUCUACUUGUAUAGUUAGCAGUCAGGAGGUAGGUGAAUCAUUUGGCAGUUUAUAUAUUAAUCAGUUUCUUUACUAUGC